GUUUUAAGCUGUGAUUGAAGCAGUAUUGAUUAAUGUCUGAGGGUUAAAUUUACCUGCAGCUUUUGAACCCGUUUCUAAGGUAAAAGGACUUCAAAUUGAUCAAGGUGUAGAAGCUAAAGUUUACGGUGCACAAACAGAACAGAUGUGGAAAUCACGGAGGUGUUUCUCAGAGACUCUAAAGUGAAAACUCAGAGCAGAGAGUCGGUAAAACUGGAGAAACCGGUUGAUCGGUGGGAGUAGCUUCCAACAUAAAAAGAGCAAAGAGUCUCGUGGAAGUUAACACAGCUGGGGAAGGCCGUCGACCCACUCAGAAACAUGUCGUACGCUUUGUCCGAGGAGCAAGUCCUGUGCGUCAUUUGCAUGGACAGCUUCAACGAUCCGGUGUCCAUCCCAUGCGGCCACAACUUCUGCCUUGAAUGCAUAAAAAGCUUCUGGGACGCAAGCCACAAGUCUGAAUGUCCGCUGUGCAAAGAGAGCUUCCAAACCCGUCCAGACCUCAGGGUCAACAUCGUCUUAAAAGACAUUACCGAACAAUUCAAAAGGUCUAUGAGGAGAAAACAAGCAAGCAGGCCAGAGCCGGCGCCGAGGAAAAACUCCUCCAGACGGUCCUUAAAAGCCGACAGCGUAACUUGCGACAUCUGCAGCGAAGACAAGCUGACGGCGGUGAAGUCAUGCCUGGUCUGCCAGGCGUCUUACUGCGAAAUGCACCUGGUGCCUCACCUGAGGGAUCCGGUGAUGACGAAGCACAGGCUGACGGAUCCGGCCACCUUCAGCACAAGUCACCUGUGCAGAAACCACAACAAGCCCCUGGAGAUGUUCUGCAAGAAGGAGCAGACCCCCGUGUGUGCGAGCUGCACCGAGAGGGACCACAAGCACCACGAAGUCGUUCCUAUGGAGAAAGAGAGCAGGCGGGUUAAGGCACAGCUGAAGGCGGUUCAAGCAGAGAUUCAAGAGAUGAUCCAGACCAGACUGAAAAAGACUGAGGAGAUCAAGAACUCCGUGGAGCUGAGCAGGAUAGAGAAGGAAAAGGAGAUACAAACCAGUGUUCACGUAGUCAACCUGGCAAUAAAUGCCAUCGAGAGAAACCAGGCUCUGCUCAUCGAGGAGCUCGAAGAAAAGCACGAAGCAGCGAAACGGAGAGCCGAGGAUCUUCUGGAAGAGCUCGACCAGGAGCUCGGCGAACUGCAGAGGAGACGCAGCGAGCUGCAGUACCUGGAGAACACCAAGGAUCCACUGCAUCUGCUGCAGAGCUUCCCCUGUCUGAGCUCUCCGCUGUCGACAACGAACUGGUCCGAGGUCAGUGUUGACCCCGACAUCUACAUAAGACGCGUGAGGACGACCUUCUCCAAGCUGGUGGACCUCUGCCAAGAACUUGAAAAGAACCUUUGUGCUGAAGAAGUCACCAAGAUGGUCAAAUUUGCAGUGGAUGUGACUCUGGACCCUGCGACUGCUGCCAGCUGGCUGCUUCUGUCCCCGGAUGGUAAAAAGGUGAGCCUGAGCUCCCAACAAAGAAAGCAUGCGCUCCCGAAUAACUCUCGCAGGUUCGAUUCCUGUGUUGCCGUUCUGGGGAUACAAAGCUUCACCUCCGGGAGACGAUACUGGGUGGUCAAGGUAGGGGAUAAAACAGACUGGGAUCUUGGUGUGGCCAAGGAGUCCAUUAACAGGAAGGGUUCCAUAACCGUCCGUCCAGACAGCGGCUACUGGGCGAUCUGCAGGCGGAAGGGGGAGAGUCUCCGGGCCUGCGCCGGACCCUCCGUCGUCCUCAACCUCCAUGAAAUCCCUACGAAAGUGGGCAUUUUCCUGGACUACGAAGAAGGAUCAGUGUCAUUCUACAACGCUGACGCAAAGACUCACAUCUACACCUACAGAGGAUGUUGUUUUUCUGAGCCCCUGUACCCAUACUUUAAUCCGUGCCUUCACGACAAUGGGAGGAACACAGCGCCACUGAUUAUCUGCCCAGUGGAAACUGGGUUUACUGUAGAGAGUACAGUGAACUGAAGCUCAAGUCAAUUAAACAGAUACAAUGAAGUCCCAUUUUCACCUGAUUACUCCCAGCUCAUUUUAAAGGCUUAAGGAAAACAUUGUAGUUAUGUUUUUGUAUUUCAUGUUUAAUACCAGAAAACUAAUGAGAGGAUUCAGGGAAUUUCAGAACUCACAGUUUACAUUUUAAAGCCCUUAUUGUAAAUUACAGAGUAAUUUUCUGUCCCUUUAUUGCUUAAUGGCCAGUGUUUAUAAUUCUCAUUUUUCUUUGGGACUUGUUGCAGUUUUUACCUUCCACAAACCAAGAGUUUUGAGCAAAGCCAGAAACAGUGAAUUAUCUUGUUAUACGGCUUGUUGAAUCUUUUGCCCUCCGUUUUUCCAACAUUGCUUUUGUCCACUGUGUUGUUUAAUAAAGGUUAACAUUGUUUAGACAUAUGAUAUUGUAUCUCAA